UGGGUUGUUCCCACUCAGAAACACUAGGGGGCGGUAUGCACCUUUAACAACUAGUUUGCGAUACUCCAAAAACAUAGAAGAAGAAGUCGUCCGCUGUUCUGGUUUAGAAGGCCAAAUAGCGACAUCUCGCUUGAAGACGUGAUGGCUGCAACAUUGCGAUUGCUUUACUCUGUGUCAAGGCCAGGCACUUUUGUGGCCAGCCAUAAUUUAGUGAGGUCCUUCAGCGUGUCCACACAAAGGGAAGGGUUCAAGUAUGUGAAUGCCCAGGAGCUCCCUACAGAUGUGAAGUCCAUCACAGACCGAGCUGCUCAGACGCUGCUGUGGACAGAGCUCUUUAGAGGUCUGGGCAUGACAAUGAGCUAUCUGUUCAGAGAGCCUGCCACCAUCAACUACCCAUUUGAAAAGGGGCCCCUGUCACCUCGCUUCAGAGGAGAACAUGCACUGCGCAGAUAUCCUUCAGGAGAGGAGCGCUGCAUUGCCUGCAAGCUGUGUGAGGCUAUCUGUCCUGCACAGGCCAUCACCAUUGAAGCAGAGACUCGUGCUGACGGCAGCAGGAGGACGACUCGCUAUGACAUAGACAUGACCAAAUGCAUCUACUGUGGCUUCUGUCAAGAGGCGUGUCCUGUGGACGCCAUCGUAGAGGGUCCUAACUUUGAGUUUUCUACUGAAACCCACGAAGAACUGCUCUACAACAAGGAGAAGCUCCUCAACAAUGGAGACAAGUGGGAGGCAGAGAUAGCCGCCAACAUACAAGCAGAUUACCUCUACCGAUAGAUCGCCCCCUACCACCACCAUAGACACACACACACAGACACACUGUGUACUGUUAGAAAAUACCAGCAUAACCUGACACACACAUACGUCCAUACUGUACAUACUGCAGAUGACAGACUCAGCUGGGGAUGGCUUGUGCUUGGAUUUGAGUUGGAUUAGUCGAUGCAUCUUUUUUUCCAAACCAUUAUCACCCACUUUUCCUCUGGUGUCAGUGUCAUCCCCUUCUGAUAUGAAUAUACUUUGAUACGUUUCUGACUUUUACCAGUCAGCCUUUGAAUUAUAUAUUUAUUGUAGAAUGAUAAAUUGGCUUCCUGUCCGUGUGAUUGGUGUACAACAGUCCAGCUGCCUCGGCAUAGUCCAAUCCGUGAUUUAUCAGUCAUCCAUGUGGUUGUGUCUGCACAGUCCCACUGGACUAUAAGCAUGGAGACUUGAGUCAUGCAGUGGCAGUCUCAGUGCUGUACAAUGAUAUGGACUAUUGUUAUUAUCUUGGAUGUCAUUGCAGUUUUAUGGUCUUUGUGCUGUUGUCACCCUGAUUCAAGAAAUAAAAUACUGGGAGAAACUAACUGUGUCAAAUGUGAAAGUACCAUCUUAACUUUGGGAAACAAAUUACAACAAUAAACUCUUUGAAAAGCUGCAAGUGGACCUUGAGUAAAGAGGAAUCUUUGAUUUUGUCUGUAACUGAUUCAAAGUUUUUUUUUUUUAAACUUUAAUAAUAUCCAUAAUAAAUCUGAAUGGUGGAAAUAAGCAUAUAGAGUGAUCUUUUUAAAUUCAUUAUAAAUGCAGAAAUAUGUUUGUUUUAACUACAUGGUGAGUCAUAAAUAAAAUGUAAAACUUGUGGUGACA